AUGAAUUGCAACCUUACCACUAGAAUAUUCCAGCGCUUGGACAAGCUGAAGAAGAAUGCCCUUGCCAGUGUCAUCUUCUUUGGCACCAAUAAUAGGAGCUCCAUUUCUGGAGUUGGGGUCUUCCAAGGCCAGGAACUUGCCUCUCCACUGAGUCCAGAUUGGCAGGUGGACUACGAGUCAUACAUGUGGCAGAAACUGGGUCCUGGCAGCGAGGAGACACAGACACUGUAUCGCAUCAUUCUCUGCAGGAUUCUCUGCCACCCAGAUCCAGUAACCAAGUGCAAUCCAGCACAAAGUUUGCCUCCUCGUGGAGGUGUCCUGUCCACCAAGAGGAUUGGGAAGGUAUUGCCAAUCACAAGUGCACCACUCCAGACCACACAAUUAAUAAGGAGUACUGCCUUAAUGUUCUUCAUCAGUCGAGAGAUGCAGUACGAUGAAAGUGGCCCAGCUAUGGGCAACCGACCAGGACAGGACAACUUCAAGGAAAAUUAUUUCACUAGCCAACAUGACAACAUCUUCCAAAAUGUGGAGGUUCUGAUUUAUGUCUUUGAUGUGGAGAGCCACAAAUUGGAAAAGGACAUGCACUACUAUCAAUCAUGCCUGGAGGCCAUUCUUCAGAAUUCUCCAGAUGCCAAAAUCUUUUGCUUGGUGCACAAAAUGGAUCUGGUAUAGGAAAAUCAACAGGACUUGGCUUGUUCCAGCAUUGUUUAUCAGUUGAUUCUCAAUGCUCAGCAACUGGAAAUGAACCUAAGGAAUUUUGCUGAAAUUAUCAAGGAUGAUGAAGUGCUUCUAUUUGAGACAGCUAAUUAUCUGGUGAUUUCUCACUAUCAAUGUAAAGAGUAGCAUGAUGCCCAGAGAUCUGAGAAAAUCAUCAACAUUAUUAAGCAGUUUAAGAUGAGCUGCAGCAAGCUAGCUGCCUCUUUCCAGAGCAUGGAAGUCAGGAACUCUAACUUUGCUGCUUUCAUUGAUAUCUUUACAUCCAACACUUGUGUGAUGGUUUUGAUUUCUGAUCCAUCCAUUCCUUCUGCAGCUACUCUGACCAACAUACACAAUGCCAGGAAACACUUUGAAAAACUGGAAAGAGUAGAUGGACCAAAGCAAUGUCUUCUCAUGCGCUGA